GUUUGUACUAAUAGCUCCAUUCCCUUCCUCGUGUGAUGUUGAGCUUCUUGGGGCUCGGUCAGAAUGUGGACAUCAGGAUUGCACUACACGAGGAAGAGCGUAAAAAACAAGAGGUGAAAACGGAAGAUGGCCAUGUAUAUCCCCUUGUGGUAUACUAUGACGGAGAAACGGUGGCGGGCAAUGUUUUGAUCGGGAUGAAACGAGGCAGCCGGUUGGAGCAUCAAGGGAUCCGGGUCGAUUUCAUUGGCAUGAUUGAAUUCUACUCGGAUCGCGGCAGCCAUGAUGAGUUUAUCUCAUUGAGUCAAGAUCUAGCUCGCCCUGGCAUUCUCUCACAGCCAACCACAUAUCCGUUCGAAUUCGUCAAUAUCUCGAAGCCACACGAAAGCUACUGUGGCACGCAUGUUCGUCUGAGGUACAUCCUCAAAGUCACUAUUCUGCGUCGAUUGACCGAUUUAACCAAAGAACGGGAACUACUGGUUCACACCUUCACCAAGCCCCACGAACCAGACGAGAGUAUUCAAAUGGAGGUCGGAAUAGAAGACAGCUUGCAUAUAGAAUUUGAGUACAACAAAUCAAAAUAUCAUCUCCAUGACGUGAUCGUGGGGAAAAUAUAUUUCCUUUUAGUUCGCGUGAAGAUUAAAAAUAUGGAACUGCAAAUCAUUAAAAGAGAAACUGUCGGAUACGGAUUAAACGCCUUCAGUGACUCGGAGACUAUUGCCAAAUUCGAGAUUAUGGAUGGUGCACCGGUCCGAGGGGAGUCAAUUCCAAUUCGACUGUUUUUACAACCGUAUGCACUCACUCCCACUAUGCGCGACGUGAAUCGAAAAUUCUCCGUUCGCUUCUUUCUGAACUUGGUGCUGUUGGACGAAGAAGAUCGGCGGUAUUACAAGCAACAGGAAAUCAUCCUAUAUCGGCGACCGGACAGGCGGCGCAAAUCAUUUCAAAAGCACUCCUAUCUAAACAAUUGGUCAGCGAAAGGAGAGGUAUCCGUGGCGGAACCGAGCAAACUUCCCCAAACUCCGGAGGAAUCCGCUUAUCAGGCCUCUAAUGGUGCAGAAACACUUGAUAAGGACGUAUUCUCUAAAGAGAAUGAUUGCGAGAUCUCAGGGACUGCGUUUAGGGACCAAGAAACGUCUGCAGAUGUUCCCAAUCAACCAACUGUUUCACACAGCUAUGCAACGGACGGCAACCAUAGCUCGAGUUCAGCGUCUCCGGAGGCAUCAAGAGCCUCACGAAGCAUGCAUCGCUACGAAUCGAAACACGUGCGUCCCAUCUCCAAUUUCCCCCCUUCCCUGGAUGCUGAAAACCCUUCAGAUUUGAGAGAAGAAUCUCUUCCAAACUCAUCAGAGGAUCACGUUUCAAACGAGCCUUCUAAACCGUCUGAUGAUGAUGCAGAUUAAUCAGCGGCCUGGAAUGCUAACAACGCAGUGAAAUUGCACAGUUUUUCAACGCUAUCCCUCUUGCCGAACAUGCGCGGCAUUUCUCGUGCAACGCCUUUUCAUCCAUCCAACGGCACUUACCAAGGUGCUGCUGCUGCUACUACCUCUGAAGCCGCUUCAAUCUUCUAUACUUAAUUUUUCUGAUUUUUUACAUCUCCAUCCAAUUUGGUGGUGCUGGUCUUUUGUAAUUUACAUCCCGCUGAUCUUCAACUCUCCGGUUCCACCUGGUGUGUCCAUAGUGAUUUUGCGGAACUACUCCCACGUAUUUGGUUUUUUCAUCUAUGUAACAGCUGCGAUCCGCCUACGUUUCAUACAUUUUAGUCUCUUGCUUCUCACAACCAGGUCAGUUGUGUUCACCAGUUCUCUUUCUAUCGACCACAUUUGCGCCUCGUCAAUGUUUGCACUGCAUUUGCCUCGUUGUUUGUGAAAACGUACUUUAUCGGGCCCUUUUCCUACCUCCCGGACGUACAUUGCAUAACUCCCGGUCUCACCAGGAUUCUUUGUGAUUUGGCGUGCUUGAAUCUUUCCGAUUGCAGCGUACCCUCACACUUACUUCUUUGAAAUGUAAGUUAUUCGUACUUAUCCCAUUUUGUGAUCAAUAACUCAUUGCUUUACUCCUUUCUUCUCCACAGUCGGCUUGGUUAGUACUACUGCGGAUUACCACCUACAUGUAGGGGUUGUUUUCUUCCUCUGUUUAUGACAGCGAUUCCGUUACUAUGGUCAUUUGCUUGAAGUUGGCCGCUAUUACUCUUAAUUGUCCAAUCCGUUUUUAUCAAACUUUACGUUAGACUUAUCCUGUAAGACCUGCUUGCUAAUGAACCAUCCUAAUUGUUCGGACACAAAAAUCUAUCUAGACCUACUUAUUUCCUCUUUUUUCGCGGAAUCGUUUUCACGCGGUGACUAUGAUAUUACUCGAUUGACGCUGACAGUUGCAUCCUUGUUCAAUGCCCUCCAAGGUUCUUUCUUUGGAAAGAAUUCCACUCCGUCGUGGAUCCUUGCUGUGGGUUUGAUAUCUUCUCUAACUGCGUUUGACUAACCGUUGUGGGUAACCACUACCUAAUAGUUUAUUCAUCAUCUCUUUCCGCACACAACUCUUCCGUCUUCCUCCGUUGUGCACAAGGUGUGUGUGUGCCCUGUAGAACAGUGCUGAGGCUAUCCCAUUGUAAGCAUUUCCGUAGUUGUCGGCCUACGAUUUCUUAUUGUCUUCAAGAUUAUCGUCAUUUCUGUGAACUAAGCAGUCAAAAAGUGGUACUGUGCAAUUACACAAC